AUGUUUUACAACUCUCAGAGGUUGCUUUACAACUCUCAGAGGUUGUUUUACAACUCUCAGAGGUUGUCUUACAACUCUCAGAGGUUGUUUUACAACUCUCAGAGGUUGUUUUACAACUCUCAGAGGUUGCUUUACAACUCUCAGAGGUUGUUUUACAACUCUCAGAGGUUGCUUUACAACUCUCAGAGGUUGUUUUACAACUCUCAGAGUUUGUUUUACAACUCUCAGAGGUUGUUUUACAACUCUCAGAGGUUGUUUUACAACUCUCAGAGGUUGCUUUACAACUCCCAGAGGUUGUUUUACAACUCUCAGAGUUUGUUUUACAACUCUCAGAGGUUGUUUUACAACUCUCAGAGGUUGUUUUACAACUCUCAGAGGUUGUUUUACAACUCUCAGAGGUUGUCUUACAACUCUCAGAGGUUGUCUUACAACUCUCAGAGGUUGUCUUACAACUCUCAGAGGUUGUUUUACAACUCUUGCUGCACAGCCCCGAAGUCUGUAGCAGAGAGAAAGGCGUGCAUAAUAUAG